AUGACUUCAGAAAAACCUAAUUUUCUUGCUCAACCUGUAGUAAAAAACAUUUUUGUCUAUCGCAACGGGGAUCCCUACUACGAGCCUCGGCGUUUGGUAAUAAACGAGAAGAGAGUGUCUAACUUUGAAACCUUCUUACGGGACGUAACAGGCGGAGUUCAAGCUCCGUUUGGAGCGGUUCGGAAUAUUUACACGCCUAGAGGGGGUCAUCGGGUUGCCUCGUUAGAUCACCUGCAGAGCGGAGAGCAUUAUGUUGCUGCGGGUCGGGAGAAGUUUAAAAAACUAGAUUAUUUGCAGAUAGCAAGCAGAAAGAAACGCACGCUUCUAAGUAACGGAUUGUUGAAACCAAUACCCCAGAAUCGAAUCAUAGUGUCAGCACGCUUUCUCAAGCCCAUCAAAGAACCAUGUGCAAUCUUUGUUUUAGCAAAUGGAGACGUGUUAACUCCUGCUAUGCGGUUUCUGAUUCCGAACCGUGUGAUUGGGCGGUACGAACAUAUUCUGGAGAUGAUCACAGAAAAAAUGGGAUUGAGGAUUCUGGGCGGUGUGCGGAGUCUGUGCACUUUAGAUGGCACUCCUAUCUCGGAUGGGAAUGAAUUGGAGAAUGGGCAGUUCUACGUGGCAGUUGGCAGAGAGAAGUUUAAAAAGCUUCCCUACCGAGAUCUCCUGUUUACCAAACCAAACGGCAUGAGGAGAAUUUUUGGAUCCAAAGCAGCCUCCUUGCCUCCCAUAUACAGAUUCAGAAAACAAAAUGGUGAUUCCAUGGUGAGCAGCAGCGAUUCUGACCAGGCCAAGAACAGUCCUCUGGGACAGGGUACCAAAGAGCAUCUGUCGUCCAUCGUAAGGGAAAUCUCUCAGGCCAGACUCAUAACCCUGAGGAAAAAGAGGAGUGGACUCAGCGUGUCUCUGGGUGGCCAAGACAAUGAUGACAGUGAGCAGAACACUCCAGAAGGUAGCGGAGAGGGUGAAGACAAGCCUCCAGAAAAGGGAGGAUCACCGGGCGGACAGAACGGUGAAGCGGACGCUGCUAAAGCGACGGAUACGAAGGAGAAUGCAGAGGGCGCAGCUGAUCGGGUCGGUUCCUCCAAGACCGAUCCCACCGCAGCCGUCGGAGAGGAGAAAGAAGGUGAGAACGGGGAAGACGUGAAGAAAGAGGAGGGCGAGAAAGGAGACGAAGGAGAGGAGGAAGAGAGAGAGGCUGACGGAGGUGCCGCUGACGAGAAGGAGGUGACAAAUGAUGAGAAAGAGGCAGAAAAAGAAGGAGGUUCAGACGACAUAGACGAUAAGAAAGAAGGAGGUUCAGAGAAUGUGAACGAUGAGAAAGAAGGAGGUUCAGAGAAUGUAAACGAUGAGAAAGAAGGAGGUUCAGAGAAUGUAAACGAUGAGAAAGGAAGUUCAGAGAAUGUGAACGAUGAGAAAGACGCAGAGAAAGAAGGAGGUUCAGAGAAUGUAAACGACCAACAUGUUUCAGAGGAGAAAUCUGAGAACGCGUUGUCCUCCGUGUCCGGUGAGGGCACUGCGGUGUCCCCGUGCCUGUCCAAAGGGAACAGCGUGUCCUCUCGUUCCUGCGGCCUUGCGGCAGGAGCAGGACACCGUGUCACCGGCGUGUGGCUCCGAAAACGCAGUUCACACUCAGGGCCAGAAAAGGACAACAGGACGGCGCUGGCGACAGGAGUGUGUAAACAGGACAUGAGUCAGACAGCUACUGCCAAGAGAUGGAGGCUCGUGAAGAUGCACUUGCGGAUGUGA